AUGGUUUGGCUCAAAGAUCGUUUCAACAAGUGCUGCAACUGGGUUGGAUCUAAGCAAGAUGCAUGCGCCGGCUUCAUAGCCUCAAAGUGCAGCUGUGGCAACUACAGAUUAGUGUUCAAUGCACCAGUGACGCUUUGGUUCAUGAGCGCCUGUUUCCUUGUAUUUGCUGUGAGUGACAGGAGUGAGCUUGUCAAGAACCUCUUUCGCAGCCCAGUGUGGUAUGAGGUGAAGAACAUGGGUGUAUACCUGGCAACACCUUUUCGCUUUGUCCUUCACAUAUUUGGGCACGGUGACUGGAAUCACUUUCUUGGCAACAUGACAUCGCUGUUGCUGGUGCUUCCAUUGUUGGAGGAGAAGUACAAAGCGCGAUGGCUUGUCCUAAUAACAUUGGUGAAUGCACUUGCAGCUUCUUGGCACGACUUGUGCGUGAUUUUCAAGAGCGGAAUCCAGUCUUUGCUACUAUACAAUUGUCGUGGAAUGUUCCGGAGAUCAUGCUGGACACUGGCAUCCCAUCAGAAUGAGUUCUUCCAUUCUGUCAACAGUCAACAGCAAUUGCAUUUGUUUCUUCAUUGCAAUCUUCGCGGAACCGGCGAUGCCGGGUAA